AUGUCUGUCGCAAUCUCACCCGAUGGCAAACACGUUGUGUCUGGUUCACGAGACAAGACCAUCCGGGUAUGGGACCUAGAAUUUCUUCACCAGCGGCAACUCUUCGAAGCAUCUGCAAUAUGCUUCUCACAUGACCCAUCUCAUGCCCUUCAUUCCGCCUUGUCCUUUCUCUCAGAUUCUGAAGCCGCAGCUCCUUAUGGUCCGAACGAGGGGGGAUGGGUUGUAGGUCCUGAAGGACGCCUUCUUCUAUGGAUCCCACGCAAUUUCCACCCGGUGAUGUAUGCCCCAGGCAACGUGUUGGUGAUACCCAAUAAUGCCUUGCAGCUGGACUUGAGUCGCGUCGCGCAUGGCACGUCGUGGCACGAGUGUCGGACGCAGGAGGCGGGGUCAUCUUCGUGAUAGAUAUCUGUUGGGUCACGCCAUGGGCACGUACCUUUGUUGAUUG